GCCACCUUAAGAGUCCAGGGGAGGCGGCAAAUUCUCAGCGAGUUUAUUGCCUGCCUGUUGCUCGCGCAGUAAUUCGACGUUUCGCGCGCUCCCUGUGAUUGCCCUAUGGCUCGCGCAGUGGCUCAGAAUCUCGCACGCGCCUCAGCAAGCUGCACGAUCAAUGUCAGUCUUUCUCGCGCGCGCGCGCCCGAGCCUCCUUGGCCGGCUGCGUGUCUCGUGCGCGUCCUCGCGCCCUGGGCAGGAUUCUCGAGCCAAGGCGGUUAAGCAGCGGGGUACGUCUGAGUCUUAUUCGUGGGUUUGGCGCGAGCUUGGGAGGGUGACGUAUCCUGCCGGUGACCAAUCGGAGCGAGCAGAGGCGGUGGCAGAAUGUGCCUCGCCCCCUCGCUCUUCCCUCAUGCCCGUAUUGGGCGGAGUCGGCGCUGGCCUGGUAGUGAUGGCGGACGAUGGGGAUGGGAAACUAAGAACUGAGGGUAGCAGCGGUGGCAGCCUGGGGUGCGGGGGCCUAGAGGAGCCGCCCGCGGCGGCAGCGGCGGCAGGCUGGGUUGUGGGCGGUGAGAUGCUGCUGAUCGUGGGGCUGUUGGCGUUGGUGCUGCUGGCGGCCUAUCGGCUCUACCUGUGCUGGGGGAAGCGGAGCGGCCCAGGGGGCGCGGCCCAGCAGAGCCAGGCCGCCUCCCUGCCCCGCAUGAAGCGGCGGGACUUCACGCUGGAGCAGUUGCACGAGUACGACGGGGCCCGGACCCCUCGCAUCCUGCUGGCCGUCAACGGCAAAGUCUUCGACGUGACCAAAGGCAGCAAGUUCUACGGGCCUGAGGGUCCAUAUGGAAUAUUUGCUGGCAGAGAUGCCUCCAGGGGACUAGCAACUUUCUGUCUAGAUAAAGAUGCACUCAGAGAUGAAUAUGAUGACCUAUCGGACUUAAAUGCUGUACAAAUGGAAAGUGUUAGAGAAUGGGAAAUGCAAUUUAAAGAAAAAUAUGACUACGUAGGUAGACUCCUAAAACCAGGGGAAGAACCAUCAGAAUAUACAGAUGAGGAGGAUAUCAAGGAUCACACUAAACAGGAUUGAACUUUG